CAUUAUGAAGUCAUUAUGAAGGGUUUUUUAUUUUAACUUUUUUAAAAGAUUGAUUAUACAGUUUAUUGAUACACUUUUUUUUGUUUCUAAUGGGAUACACGCGAUGGAACAAAGCGCUUCCUUAAGUGGAAAGUCCCAAACCUCUCCCAAACACAAAAAAGAAAGUGUAAAAGAAUCAAAAAUGAAAGGAUAAAGAAAUACAUUUGCUUUUGCUUUCAAAAUAGGCUGUGUGUACCAUGGCAGGGAUUUAUUUCCUAACUAGCUAAUUUUAUUUACAUAAACAUGUUCAUGAAGUGAAGUUUCUUUUUUUGCUUUUUAACCAAGGUUCGAGUUAAAAGUAGUGAUUUCAACAUUUACUGAUAAACUGAUUUGUGUGUGUGUUAUUUCCAGUUUGUUUUUGUUUGUUUUCUACCUGAAGGGAUACACAUGAUGGAACAAAACGCCUCCCAAACCUCUCCCAAACACAAGUCCCCAAAGAAAGUAUAAAUCAGAAUCCACUUAAUGAAAGGAUAAACAAAUACAUUUGCUUUUAAAAAUGCUUAACACUCAUCACUUCAUUCUGCGCUCUUUAAAUGACCUGCCAAACAAAAAGACGCGUCAUUAAGCAGAACGUUCAAAGAGGAAGCGCAUGUGACGUGCCAUGUUAGAGCCACAUUUGUUAAGAAGCUUGGUGACUCCAUAAAACUGCAGUAGCUUUCGUUUAAACAUUUCAGUGUUGUAGCCCUGCAACAAAUUAGUGCCGACGAAUUGUACGAAAAAACACCUGGAACCACCUGCCGCUUCACUUGGAUAUUACUUGUCCACAUAGCACCACUGCUAUAACAUGGGUAUCCUUCAUUACUGCGUGCGUCAUGGUUAGAAUGCUAAACGUUUUAAUCUCAUCGUCUGGAUACCUUAAACAAAAUAUUGAAGACAAAUCUUCACAUUGGAUAAGACCAAGAUGCCAGAACAGGAUAACCUUCCCAUCAAGAAGCGCCUAUGCUACGCUGUCGGGCAUUUCUUGAACGAUUUAUGCGCGUCUAUGUGGUUUACCUAUUUGCUGGUGUAUUACCACACUGUCCUCGGUUUCCUCGACACAUAUGCAGGUAUUUUACUGCUCAUCGGUCAGAUAGCGGACGGCAUUUGCACGCCUCUCAUCGGCUACGAAUCGGACCGGGUAGCAGGAUGCGGAUCUUAUGGCAAAAGAAAGACUUGGCAUUUAGUGGGAACUUUGUGUGUGAUUGUGUCCUUCCCUUUUAUAUUUAACCCGUGUUUUGGGUGUACUGCGGGCACACCGAAUUGGGUGGGCAUCACCUAUUUCAGCCCAUUCAUUAUCGUGUUCCAGUUCGGCUGGGCAGCCACCCAGAUAUCUCAUCUGGCCCUCAUCCCUGAGCUGGUCUCCUGCGAACAUGACAAGGUGGAGCUCACAGCAUACAGAAAUGCAUUCAGUGUGGUGGCUAACAUCACAGUGUAUGCUGUGGCGUGGUUGCUCUUUCACUUCCAAGUAGAGCACGCAGAUCCCACCAUCGCCGACAGCUUGGGACCUGUUGACAUUCCCCUGUUCAGGUACCUGGCUCUGAUUGCGGUGGCCACGGGGUCAGUGUUCUCCCUCAUCUUCCACCUGGGGACGCAUGAGACGAUCCAGCAGACGGCUGAUGCUGGCCCUCGCGAGGAGGAGGAGAAGGAAGAGGGGGCCUGCCUGAGCAGCUCCUACCAGUCCCUGAUGCCCCCGUCGCCCGAGAGCUCCACCCCGCCGCUGCUGCUGCUCCAGUGGAAGCACUGGCUUCGGGAGCCAUCCUUCUACCAGGUGGCCCUGCUGUACAUGUGCACCAGGCUGAUAGUGAACCUAUCGCAGACCUAUAUCUCCAUGUACUUGACCAACUCUCUGAUGCUCCCUAAGAAAUUCAUUGCCACCAUUCCACUGGUGAUGUACGUGAGUGGGUUUGUGUCGUCUCUGGUCAUGAAGCCUGUUAGCAAGCUCAUUGGCAUAAAUAUGACCUAUUUGGUGGGUCUGCUGUUGAUUCUGGCCUUUGCCUUAUGGGUUCUGCUGGACACGAGCAUGGGCACGCGCAUUUACGGAGGGGCGGUUCUCCUGGGGUCCGGUUCUACCAUCAUCCUGGUCAUGUCUCUGUCCCUGACUGCCAACCUCAUCGGAGAGCAAACGCAAAGUGGAGCCUUUGUGUAUGGAGCAAUGAGCUUUACUGACAAAGUUGCCAAUGGCAUUGCUGUGAUGCUAAUCCAGACCUUGUAUCCUUGCCAUACUGCAGCCUGCUGUCCUGACUGUGUGUGGUUUUACCACGUUGUUAUGGUGUGUGUGACCGGCGGGGUGGCUGUGGUUGCGGCCCUCAGUCUCGUCACCCUCUUCCUCUGGCCUAUCCAGAUUCGUCAGUGCCAUCCUGUUUUCACUGGACGCGGGGGAGCGGAUGGAAAGGAUGCAUAUGGCAGUCUGGGCCGUUCUCUUGUCGACUGAGGGCCUGACACUGCACUGAUAACACUGACUUGGCCACCAAGUGCACAGUUGCGUAGGCUGCUUGUCGCAUUCCGCCUGCAUGCAUGGAAAGAGGAAAGGAAGCCACCUGAAACACUGUUUUGUUUUUCUGUCACUUUUUUCUUCUUCGGGUCCUCCAUCUCGUUAAACGAGGAAGCACAUCAAUAACAUAAGAGACUUGGUCAUCAGCCAGCCUCAGAGUUGAUUUGCUGUGACAUUAUUGACACUACCUGUAAUCCCCAGUUGUAUAUAUUAUUUGUGUUUGGGCAGAACACCCAGUCUGUUGCAUAAUGUCAUUAUGAUUUUUUGUAAGGACUUAUCAGUGUUUAAGGUAUAUUUUAAUGGGUAGUUAAUUUUUAUAACAUCCUACAAUUCAUAAUUCAUAUUCUGUUCAUGGUACUCAAACACACUUGUCAUUCCCAACCAGGCCAAUGACGAAAAUCUUUUUACAUCAUAUAACAUGCACCACAUGUCCAAAUGUGUGGAUGAAAUACAUCACUUUGCAGAGUAGCUAGAAUGUAUUAGUGCCAGAUGUGUUGUAACAGGUGUUUACAAGGCAGCGAUGUACUUAGCCUACCAGGUUUAGACAAAACUUCGGAAUGCUUCUUUUAAUAAGACCAUUGAAAGACUCUUAGUUACAGAUCCAGUCAUUCAGAGAAGUCGUUAUUUGUAUCCUUCUGUGUAGUGCUCAAUGUGCAAGAAGAAUGUCAGAGUGGAUAUCAGGGAAACACUGAAAAAAGAAUUCUGCUGACCUUUGUUUUUCUGUUCCUCAAAUGCACCAUAUUGUUCCUGUUGCCAUUCUCGUUAUGAUAUGCAGACAGGCCAAAUGAUGAGCAAACGGAAUGUAAUCAUGCAUAGCUAAGUCAUGAUAAGUGUUUGUGCUGAGGGGGAAUUUUCUUUAAUGAGAAGAAAAGUCUUGCGUGUAGAUCACACCAGUCUUCUUUUUAAUGUGUUGUUUACAUGCCACAAACAGCCGUGGCAAAAAGGAGACAACAGGCUACAAUUCAAUUAAAUAAGUGCUUCAUUCUGCACCAAAUGUGGGUUGUGAGAGAGUCAGUUGUCGGUAGUGAGUGUGUGUUGUUUGUAAUGUUUGGUGAAACGCUCACAAACAGGUCUCUGUCUUGUGAAAAGGGGAACCUCAAAUAGGGCCUCCUGCACGCCGUAGAACCCCAUUCAUUCAUUAUCAGGCAGUGGUGGAAAGUAACUAAGUGCAUUUACUCAGAUACUGUACUGAAGUACACUUUUGAGGUAGCCAACUUGUAUUUCCAUUUUAUGCUUCUUUAUACUUCCACUGCACUACAUUUUUACAUUAUACUUUCUACUCUACAACAUAUUAUUACAGCUUUAAUAACUCUUUUACACAAUAAUAAUAUAACAACAUGGAUAAUAUAACAAGCUUUUAAAAAACAACACUUUGUUAAAGAUUAAACCAGUGGUUUCCAA